AUGGCGCGAAGACGAAGGGCCGAGAGACGCAGGGUCAUACCCGACCCGAAGUACCAUAACAUGGAGCUUGCUCAGUUCAUCAACAAGGUGAUGCUGAACGGCAAGAAGACAGUUGCUCAGAAGAUCGUGUACAACGCGCUGGAUAUUGCAUCCGACGAGGUACGCCGUCCACCGCAGGAGGUCUUCGAGCAGGCGAUUCGCAACACGAUGCCCAUGGUCGAGGUGCGGUCUCGCAGGGUCGGCGGCGCGACCUACCAGGUCCCGACCGAGGUCCGGCCUGAGCGCAGACUUGCGCUGUCGAUGCGAUGGAUAAUCCAGGCGGCAAGGACGAGACGCGGCAGGCCAAUGGCCGAGCGGCUUUCG